CCUGCAUAACUACUUGCUUAAAACACAGUCCACAUUUUCUCCCAGUUUCCACAUUCCUCAAGGACCCCUCUGUUGCAGUGCCAGAGGGGGAGGCGUCCACAACAGUGCCUGAUGGGAAAUGUUCCAGUGUUUCCUGUGCUGAGCUGCAGAUAACAACUUACUGUUUAGAGAGCUCAGCCUGAGGUCUUCAGAGAUACUGAGCUGCUGGACGAGAGCCAGAUGCUCAUUCAAAGCCACUACAGCUUGAUGGAGGUUUCAGCCCAGUUGAAUUGCUGGAAAGAGCCUUCAGGAGCACCAGGAUUAGCUUUCCGGUAGCUGUUAAAGUUGCUCAUCAUCAUCAGUGUGUGGAAGGGUUACUAUGGUGCAACACCUGAGCUAUCAUACAUCGUCACAACAACAGAGGAGGGUCUUUCCUGCACAGGUUACCUCAAAACAACUUCAUCCACUCUUGAAAACAGUUUGUUCACGAACACAGAACUUCCCUUCUCGGCUCUCAACAAGGUGCUCUGCAGCAGUAAUGCCCAGUAAACUGGAGGGAGCCAUGGAUGCACUCAUCACGGUCUUUCACAACUACUCAGGGAGCGAGGGAGACAAAUACAAACUCAGUAAAGGAGAGCUGAAGGAACUUCUUGACAGUGAACUCACAGACUUCCUCACGUCUCAAAAAGACCCCAUGCUGGUGGAAAAGAUCAUGAACGAUCUGGACUCCAACAAAGAUAACGAGGUCGACUUUAACGAGUUUGUGGUGCUGGUGGCGGCGCUGACAGUUGCGUGCAAUGACUUCUUCCAGGAACAACAGAAGAAGAAAAGCAAAGAUGAAAAGAAAGGCAAAUGAAACGGAUGCAUGAACGUACCUGCUUGUGUAAUGCUCUAUGAUGCAUUAAACCAUUUGUUAUGAACCAGACCACAUGUCCUUAUGUUAGCCGUUUACUGUCAAUUCUUGGUUUGUAUCAAAAGCAAUCAUUAAAUAAUAAUAAAUUAUUAAUUUCAAUGAUUUAAAAUUACUUUUUUUCUGAAAUGAAAAGAUGUUCUUAUCAUAAACUGAAAGCUGGACUUUAUUAUCCUAUACCUGUAGAAUAUAAUGAAUCUGAUAGUGUGUAGACAUCUAUAUGACCUCUGCUUCUAUGUCCCUCUUAUGUUCUGAGCUGAAUCAUGUUGUUUUUCUCAUUUCACCAGUGCACAUGCUGCUUACUAUAAAAAAACUAAU